AUGGACAUGAAAAUUGAAGACAUAGAAGGAGGAAUGAAAAAGUUAUUAGAAAGGUAUCCAAAAGAUUUCCCUGAUGAUUUUACAAAUGAGUUUAAACAGUUUUUAAGUUUUUCGUCAACGUCUUUAUCAUUAAUUACAACGAACGAAAAUAAGAAUAAAAAUAUUUUGCUUAACAUGUAUAAGAUGAUAAUUGAUUUAAAUGUGACCGAGAGUUUUCCAAAUAUUGAACGGUUGUUACGUUUAUAUCUUUCUCUUAUGUGUACCAACUGUACAGGAGAAAGAUCAUUUAGCCGAUUAAAAUUAUUAAAAAACGUUUUAAGAUCUUCAUUAUCACAAAAUAACCUACAAAAUCUUGGAAUUUUAAGUAUUGAAAGUGAAUUUGUAAAAUCUCUAAACUUUGAAGAUGUGAUCCAAAAUUUUGCAAAUGAGAAAUCCAGAAAAAAAGAAUUAUGUUUUGAUAAACAAGUUGAUAGUUGCGACGAUGACAGCAGCGACUAA